AUGCCUACGAGAUCAGGGGCGCGAACCAGAAAAGCCAGGGAGGAUCCCGGUUCUAACAGAGCCACUCCCUCCCUGGAAUAUGUCGACACGCCAGACAAUGCCCUCCGAACGCAGAUUUGCGCCAUCUUUCGCGAUGCCCAGAGAACGACCGCCACGCACCGGAAGCUGGCUGUCAACCUGCGCAAAGUCCAGGAAGCCUGCUGCUACGAGCCCAUAAACCCGAAAAAGCCCGCGGCCGAUGAGUUUGACGAAAAGGCCUUCAACCACGAGUUCGUUCGGUGUGUGCUGCGAGUCAUGCCGGUGAAGAAGGCGGAGAGCGUUGGCGAGAAGUUGAUUCGAUUCAUCGGACUGUUCCUGCGACACGCCUCAGAUAAAGACAAUCAGCUGCUGGACGAAGCCGAUGCCGACGCGAGCAUGAUGCCCGAGACCCCGAGCACGCGGCUCUCGUCGCAAGUCCUGCAGACUGCGCUCUCCAUGAUGCAGGCCAAGGACAAAUACGUGCGGUUUCGAUCAACGCAGCUUGUUUCACACAUCAUCAACUCUCUCGAUGCAAUCGACGACGACUUGUUCCAGAUCCUUCGCCACAACCUGCUCAAGAGAAUCCGAGAUAAAGAGCCCAUGGUGCGCGUUCAAGCGGUGCUGGGUCUUGGCCGACUUGCCGCCAACCAGCCUGAAGAGGAGCCCGAUUCGGACGACAGCGAGAGCCGUCAGCCUAGCCUCUUGGACAAGCUGCUGGACGUCUUGCAAAACGACUCGAGCGCCGACGUGAGACGCACACUUCUCGUCAACCUCCCGAUCUUGCCCGCAACUCUCCCGUUCCUCCUCGAGCGCGCAAGAGACCAGGAUGCCCCCACUCGAAGAGCAGUAUACUCUCGCCUUUUACCCGCGCUAGGAGAUUUCCGCCAUCUCUCACUAUCUAUGAGAGAGAAGCUCCUCCGAUGGGGCCUCCGUGACAGAGACGACAACGUGCGAAAGGCUGCAGGCAGACUUUUCCGAGAGCGGUGGAUCGCAGAUUGUGCCGGUGUACCAGCGCAAGAGGACGCACCGCCGAAUUUCGAAGGCUUAUUAGAGCUUCUUGAGAGAAUUGAUGUCAUCAACUCUGGAGUGGAGAAUGGAGUGGCCCUCGAGGCCAUGAGGGGCUUCUGGGAGGGCCGUCCGGAUUACCGUGAGGCUAUCAAUCUGGACGACCAAUUCUGGGAGACGCUGUCGGCCGAGUCGGUGUUUAUGGUUCGGAGUUUCAACGACUUUUGCCGCGAGGAGGAGAAUGGCCGCUACGAGUCGCUGGUAGAAGAGAAACUUCCCGAAGUCACCAAACUGGCCUUUUUCCUAGAGCGCUAUUUGAAAGUGCUGGUGGAUGCCGUCAAGAGGAUUGCACAGCUUGACGCCGAGGAGGACGAAGAAGAAGAUACCGUCGAGCAAGAGUUUAUCGUUGAGCAGAUGCUUCAUAUCGCGCUGACUCUCGAUUACUCUGACGAAGUCGGCCGCAGAAAGAUGUUUACGCUGCUUCGUCAAGCCCUGGCUAUCCCAGAGCUACCGGAUGAAGUUACAAAGCUUGCCAUGGAAGUUCUUCGAUACAUUUGCGCGCCAGAUACCGCCGGAGAACGAGAAUUCUGCAGUGUUGUUCUCGAAGCCGUUGCCGACGUUCACGACACAAUCGUGGAUCUCCCUGGAGAGGACGAUGACAGCUUCGUAUCCGCUCAUUCUGAUAUCAGGAGCCGAGAAAACUCUCCAGCUUCAGACUCGAAAAAGGCUCAGCCUGAGAUGAGUGAGGAGGAGGCCCAGGAAAAGGCAGUCAAGGAAAUGAUUGUCAACAUGAAGUGUCUGCACAUUGUCCAAUGCAUGCUUACACAUGUCGCUGGAAACCUCAAAGAUAACGCAGACCUGGUGUCCAUGUUGAACAAUCUGGUGGUUCCAGCGGUUAGGAGCCACGAAGCACCUGUGCGUGAAAGAGGACUUGUUUGUCUCGGCCUAUGCGCUCUUCUGGACCGUUCUUUGGCCGAGGAAAAUCUUGGUCUUUUCAUUCACUUCUUUACAAAGGGACAUACUGCUCUGCAGAUUACGGCGUUGCACAUCUUGACAGAUAUUCUCAACGUCCAUGGAGCUCAGCUGCUCUCAACAACUCCAGCCGUACUCAAAGUCUAUGUCAAGGCAGUCAAAGGUGGCGGCAGGUCAUCCGAAGUGCAAGCCGCGGCUACCAUUGCCGCAUCGAAGCUUCUCCUCGGCCGGGUCGUGUCUGAUGAAGAAGCUUGCGAGGAGCUGCUCAAGUCUCUGGUGGUUGCAUACUUUGAUCCUGCAUCAUCUGCCAACCAGACAGUCAGGCAAGCUCUCAACUACUUUUUGCCAGUAUUCUGCUUCUCGCGAACGGAAAACCAAGACCUUAUGAGAAAAGUCUCUUUGCUGGCGCUGCACUCUCUACUCAACUUGCGCGAGGGUCUGGAAGAUGAUGAUGUGGAUGUUGAGGAGGACAUGGUUAGUAUGACAACCAUUGGCGCUUGUUUGGUGGAUUGGACAGACCCGCGAAAGUGCUACAGCACUGAGCUUGUUCAGGAGGGAGAGAAGAGGAAUGUACCGGGCGAUGUCCACCUUGAUUUUGCCUGUGACAUUUUGGAAAGGCUCCGUGGAAGCAUCAGCAAAGCUGAAAAGAAGCUGGUUGCCGGCCUUCUCGGAAAACUCUAUGUGUCACCCACCUCUUCAGAAGAAAAGCUCCGAGAAUCUUACGGCAUUGUCAGUGAGGCUGUCGAGGAGGGCCUUGUGACUGAUACUACCGGCCGCAAUGCGCUGUACAAGAUUCACGUCAGCCUGGGCAAGAUUGUCAACAGCCUUGAAGAACAGCGGCCAGCGCUGAACCGUGACGGCCGUAGCACAUCUGAAACUGCAGAACGCAGCACGCCGGAAGAGGCUGAAGAGGCUGAAGCUGAAGAGCCAGAGGAACCAGAGCCUGAAGCAGAGGAGGCAGAGGAAGCGGAAGAGCCUGAGGAGGCAGAAGAGCCAGUAGUAAAGUCCUCGAGAACAAGAGGCACACCCAAGAUCAAAAAGGAGGAGAGCAGUGAUGAUGAAGGGACGGUGAUACCAGAGCACAGAGACGACAAUUCGCUAGUAGAACUGUCUGAUGAGGACACCAAGAUGGAAGAUGUGUAUUAAAGGAGUGGCAAGGGAUAAAUGGAUAACGUCUCACGAAAACAAAUUGGCUUGGGAAAGGUGCUUGUUUUGGAGAGGUACAUAUGUGGUGCUUUGGGAAUAUAGCUAUGCUUCUUUACGAUGUCAAUGAUGCAAUUACAUCUUUUGUUUAUUACACGAUUUAAAUUCAAGCAUAAAUACAUAUUAUGUUUAAGGACGAAUCACCUUGGUCAGCUCAAGUACCUAUCCAGAAUAACAAGCCGCCAAAAGCCACAUUGAUCAACAAAUGCUGCCCCAAGCUCCACGCCAUGCAGUACAAGUACUUUGGCGAAAACACGGUCCAGAUGAACAAGUGCGUUCGCAGCGCCGUGCACGCCGCAAUGACAAACGCCACGCUCAUCGCCGCAAAGGCCGUCAACAAGAUGAGAUGAUAGCGAAAUGCAUCCGCCCGGCCACGCAGGCGAUACUCCCUCAGCAACAACAAAUUCGUAGCCGACGUCCAGAAUAUGGGCCCUGCCCAGUUGCUCACGAGGGUGAGGACGCCGACGGCGACGACGUUGAAGCCGCUGAUGCCGUUGUAUGCGCUGGAGAGGUCGACGGAGGAGAUUGCGUUGGAGCCGCCGGAGGCGAAGAAGGUUGCGUAUUGGAGCAGGAUGGACGAGGUUGUGAUUUGGGCGAUGGAGAGGGUGGUGGAUUGGAGGGUGCGGAGGAUGAGGGUGGAGAGGAGGAAGAGG